AUGGUUCUUUCUUUCUGUAUGCAACAUUUAAAAGGAGUAUUAAUUGAAUCUUGUUUUGCAGGAAUUGUCUUAAAUCUUGUGAAUCGGAUGGAUAAGUUUGUCACCAGGUUAAAACGUGGACAACCAAGCUCUAGUUCUACUAUUCCACCUGUUGCUUCAUCCAUACCUUCGGAAGUUCAGAGGGAUACAAAUCCUUCAAAUAUCAAUUUCAAUUAUUUGAAAGCAGACCCGGCAAACAGAAGGCCUAUUGCAGAAUAUGACCCUAAUAUACGUGUUGAAGUUAGAAGAUAUUAUAUUAAAAAAGGACCUUGUCAGCCUAUGAAUCAUGAUUUUCCUAAAACUCAGUUUGGGAAGAAAAAAAAAACAAUGCGUCAGUUUCAUCCUGGUUGGUUCAAAGGUCGACAUUCCAAGAGGUUAGAGUACAGUAUAUCAAAAGAUGCUGCUUAUUGUUUGUGUUGCUAUUUGUUUAAAAAUGAGCAUGAUGUUCAUGGAAAUAUGGGAGAUGCUUUUACGAAAAAGGGUUAUAAGGGUUGGAACAAGGCUAAGGAAAGAUUCAAAACUCAAAUUGCAGAGCGUAACGAGAAAGACAAAAAUGAAUCUCGACAUUACUUUGGUGCUUCAAUUGAUGUGGCAAGGUUUCUCUUAAGAUUAGGAUUUCCGUUUCGUGGUCAUGAUGAUAGCAUAUCAUCUACAAAUAGAGAUAUUGUUGAUGCUUGUGCAAAAGAAACAAUCAAAGCUAUUAUUGAAGACUUGGAUGGUGAUUAUUUCGGAAUAAUGGUUGAUGAAUCGAAGGAUAUAUCACACAAGGAGCAAAUGGCACUUGUUCUACGAUAUGUUGACAAAAAAGGCGAAGUGAUAGAGCGAUUUGUUGGUAUUGUCCAUGUUAAUGAUACAUCUGCACGAUCAAUGAAGGAAACUUGUAGGGAUUUGCUCAGACAACAUCAAGCUGCAAAGUUAGAAGAGUUGCUCAUUUCUGGUGAAGUGCACACAGGACGGGGACUAAAUCAAGAAUGUGGGCUUCAACGACCAGGUGACACUCGUUGGGGUUCUCAUUAUAAAACAUUACAGAACUUCAUUGAUAUAUUUCCACCCAUUCUUUAUGUUCUUGAAUUUGCUGCAUGUGAGUGUCCAAAUUAUAUCGAUAGACUUACAGCUGAAAGUCUUGUGGAUAAGAUUAAGGGGUUUGAUUUUGUUUUUAUGUUGCACUUGAUGUUGAAAGUUCUGAAGAAGACAAAUUAUUUGAACUGCUCGUUACAGAAGAUGGAUCAAGAUAUUAUCAAUGCUAUGGGGCUGCUCAAUACUGCAAAGCAAGAAUUGCAAAUGAUGAGGGAUAGGGGAUGGAAAUCAUUACUGGAUGAUGCCCUUUCUUUUUGUAAUAAGCAUGAGAUAUUUAUUCCGAAGAUGGAUGCUAACUACAUUCCUGGGAAGUCGAAAUGUAGAGCUCUUGAUGUUAUAUAUUCUCAUCAUUUUCGUGUUGGAAUUUUUUAUUCUGUUAUUGAUUUGCUGCUUCAGGAGCUUAAUAAUUGUUUCGACACUGUUAGUACUGAUUUACUUCUUGGUAUGGCUUGUUUACAUCUAGCUAAGUCAUUUGGUAAUUUUGAUAAGAAAAAGGUAAUGAGGUUGGCUGAAUAUUAUCCGAAUGAGUUUGAUAGCAACAAGCUUCGAGAUCUCAGCUUCCAGCUUGAUGAUUUCAUAGUGUAUGUUCGAGGUUCUGAUAAGAGAUUUUUCAAUAUGAAGGGGAUUACUGAUCUUGCUAAAGUACUGGUUCAAUCAGAAUUGCACCAGACCUGA